AUGAUAAAGGCUAACGUAGGGCCAGAUGACUUCUUCAAUACGACAUCCUUCCUGAGAACAGAGUCUGAAUUUGUUGGAGUCCAGAACCAAAGACAAAUAUUAUGUAAUUCUUGUGUAAAAGAAAACGGUAUAUGUGCUGUGCUUCAUCUCUCAGUCCUGUCCAACACUGCGACCCUAUGGACUGUAGCCCACCAGUUUCCUCUGUCCAUGGGAUUCUCCAGGCAAGAGUACUGGCAUGGGUUGCUGUGCCUUCCUCCAGGGGAUCUUCCCAACCCAGGGAUCAAACCCAGGUCUCCCACAUUGCAGGCAGAUUCUUUACCAUCUGGGAUACCACAUUCCUAUAAUUCCCAAAACAUAUCCAUAUACAAAUUACCUUUUCAAAGGCUCUAG